CAAACCUAGAGCUCAGUCAACAAUGUGAGAUCUUCAUGGAAACCGAACGGCCCAGUCGUGUAUUUCUCAGAAGUCCCUGUUUCUGACCCACAGCCAUGAAGACUCUCAGAACAGGACUUCACGGAGAGAUGGGAGAGGGCACCUGCUCCUUUGAAUGCCUCCCUUGACUUCAGAUUCUUCCUCCCACAGAGCCAUGACCUCCACGGCCCAUAACCCAGGCCCCACCCUUCCUCCCUGUCCCCCCAGUGCCCCCUCGCUGCUCUUGCCCGCCUUCCCUGGCGCCGCUCUGUUGGUAACGUCCCCCGAUGCUCCGGGAAGCAAGCUGAUCAUCAAGCUUAAAAGGGAAGGACCCAUCGCGGGGAAUUCGGAGGAGAUGCCCCGCACGCAGACGUUCUUCUUGACGGGGAUGCCGUUGAGCUGGGGUGCUCAGUGCCGAGACGGGCCGGUGGGUCCAGGUGUUCGUACUCUGCUGCUGGCGAAAGCUGGCGAAGAGAUGGGCGCCAGGAAGCCCAGAGGGCCGGAGGUGGCCCCGUCCGUCCGAGCGCCCCCUCCCGGGGAGACUUCCUUUGCCUGUACCUCCAAGGGGGUUUACGAGAAUUACCGGCGUUGGCAACGCUACAAGGCCUUGGCUAGGCGUCAUUUCCCAGCCAGCCCGGAUGCUGAAGCUCUCGCUUGUUUCUUCAUCCCUGUGCUCCGCUCGUUGGCCCGCCUUCGCCCCGACAUGACCCUGGAGGAUGGGGUUCCCCGCGCCGUCCAAGAGUGGGAUCACAGCACCAACUUUGAGCGCAUGAUCUUCUAUGAGAUGGCGGAAAAAUUCAUGGAGUUUGAAGCAGAAGAAGAGCAGCAAAUCCAGAAGAUGACGCUGUUGGCCAACUGUUCUAAGUUCCAAGCGCCGCCCUCCAAACCCGCCAAGCCGCCUGUUUCUCCUGCCUCUGAGUCUGGGCAACAGCAAGUUUACAUCCCCAAGAAAUCGGCCUGCAAGAGCCACCAGCCCCGACGCCGCCAGCGCCGUCCAGCCAGCACUCCCACCCCGGGAGCCCCCCGGGAGAUCCCGGCCGAGGCGGUGUACCAAUAUGCGGAGAUCAUGGAUGGCCUGGAGACCUCUUGGGAAGAAGAAGAGGAGGAGGAGGAGAAAAAAGAGCAAAGGCUGUCCCAAGGCUCCCAAGGGCUGGAGGAUGGGAUGUUGCCGGACCCUUCCCUUCAGCAGUAUAUUGACUUGUUGUGUGACGAUGAAGAAUUUGUCUGUAAGGUUGAAGCCAUCAUCCAUCCACAAUUCAUGGCUCACUUACUGUCUCCAGAGAAAAGCCAAGAUCCCUUGGAUCUGGUAGAUGAACUAGUGGAGGAGUUACACCUGACACCCAGCCAGCUGACAGAGAAGAGACUCCUGGCACUGACUGAAGAAGAAAAGAAUCCCUCGGUCUACCCCACCUCCCAUUCUGGGUCCACACCCUCACAGUCUGAGGAGGAAGAUGAGGUCGGUGGCAAUGGCAAAGGAGAAGGCCCUUCAUGCCAGACCACAAAGAGGCCUUCCGUCAACAAGGGUUUUAGAACAGGUCAGGCAGAAUUGCCUCCAUCAGCCGGCAGCUCCCCACAAGCGCCACUUUUGCACCCCCAAUGCGCAGACAGAAGUUUUCCAUCAAAGGAUGUCAGAACGUCAUCAGGACCCUCUCCUCACCAAUGUAAUAGCAGUAACACCAAGGACGCAAAUCGAUUCCCUUUCUUGAAGAACAGAGUGGAGGAAGAAACCCAGAAUUCGCAAGCUGGAGGUCACGCCGUUGAAGCCUCUGCUCGUAUCCAACACAUCAAGAUGAAGGCCAUUCCUAACGUAACAGGGACCAACCACUUUACUAGGAACUUAACAUCGCAAGGAGGAAGUGAGGAAAGACAAGGCAUUCCAAGGCCAUCUACCAUGGAACAUUCUAAGCAAAAUGGUAGCCAAGGAAGAAAAGCAAAGGGUCAAGAGGUGAUCCCUAAGGCCAUAGAGCACAGAAGUCAUGCUACUACAGGACGGCUCUUUAAUAGAACUCAGUUAGUUAGGAAUAACCCACCAUUAGUCUACAAAAAAGGCAGGAAACAAGAUGGUACCCAGCAAGGGGAGGUCAAAGGUUUGAAGAAGACUCAGGCUAUCCGGAAAGAUGCUUUGAAGGGAAUAGAUGAGCGACCAGAUGUAAACAAAAUAUUAAUAGUGGGCCAGAUAGCGGGACAAAGUGCUCAAAAGUUAACUUUGAAUGGAUGUAGAGAACUAAAUGUUGACCAUUGUUCAUCCAACGUUGAACAGAUCAAAGGUCAGUCCCAAAUUCAAGACAAUAGGGGAUCUGAGGACAACUCAAAUAAAGCAGAGCUUGGCUGUCAGAAUAAGGAGAUGACAUCUCAUUGGGACAGCCCUAUAAAACAAGAUAGCCAGCAACUUAUUCCGUUUGAUUGUGGAAAAAAAGAUGGCUGCCACAGAGUGGUAGGCCAUGAUCAAUACCAGUUCCAGUCUGUCCAAAAAGUUACAAAAUGUAAGUUCACUGUACCUGCAACUGAGAUUGAAAAUGUCAACCCAUGUGGCCAAAAGGUGGUAAGGCAAGGCAGCCCAAAACUGGCCACUUCUAGGUCAGGAAAUGAACCGAACGACCAAAUAGCGAAAGUCGAAUCUCAUAAUCAGUUACACACUGAGCGGAAACAAACCAAGGCCGUAACCGUGAAGAAUAACCGUCCUGCGAAAACCACAAAGGUAUCUGCAGAUAAACAACCGUUACCAAAACAGUUGACCUUGGUUAGACAAGAUGGCCAACCAUCAGCUGAUCCACCUCGAUUGGGAACUGAUCCGGCGUGUGUUGAACCCAGCAGGGAAAGUGAGCAACCGUUGACUUCAUCUGAUCCGAGUGGGAUAGGAGUGCUUAAAUAUAAGCUGUCUGGCAGAGAGUUGGAGCCACUACAAAUUUCCACCGUCUCAGUGCUGGAGUCCCCGUCUUCAAGUAUCCAGACAGGCCUCAAGACAUCCCAGAAUUCUCAGCCGCUGCUAAUCGAUCAGCGCCCAGUCACUCCUUGCAUGGAAGACCUCCCGGAUGACAAGCAGACUCUAAAUCCCACUCUGAUUUCUUCAAGCUUUGUCCUUGUGAUGGAAGCCAAUGGAGGCAGCUGUGGUCCAAGUAGAGACCAUACCCCUGGACCUACCAGUCCCAAUGUAGUGCCAGCAUCCGCACCGCUCAUUCCCCAAAAAGCCAGCAGCAGCCAUGACAAUGAGGAACCCAACCAGGAGGAAUCUGAGUGUAGCAACUCUUGCCAAUUCCACAGCUCACACCUCGAGAUAAAGAUCCCGAGUAAGUUGGAAGACGGAAGUGUGCUCCAGAAGGUCAAUAAAGAAGAGGAGGAGGAGGAUGCAGAGCUGUCCAGCUUCUCCUCCUUGCUUGCCUCUAAGCUCAGCCUCUCACCCUACAAUAAUCUUCCCCCAAUGGAUCGGGAUCAAGGGGGCACCCAGCCCUCCUUGCCCACAGAAACAUGGCAACAAGGGGCUUCCGCCAGGAGAGAGAUGACCCACGAUGCCACUUCUUUUCCAAACAAACACCUGGAGCCCAAACCAUCUGCCCAACAUUGUUGCCACAAGAGACGGAGUACUAGCUCAGGUCCUAGGAGGAGUAAGCGUCUUCGCAACCAGUAA